GUUUAGGCAAAUAAGGCUCGGUCUCCGUGUCCUAUUACAAAGCACUUUGAAUACGCGAGCCGUCGUCGCACAAGACCAGUUAUUCCAGUUAGGACAAAGUUAAAAAGCGAGAGAAAAGCCAGGCGUGUGUAGAUGGUAAUUUGCUGGCGAGGCGGUCGUCCGUGCAGCUCUGCCCCGUUCCAGUUCUGCCCUCGUCUGGGCCGGGGUUCAGCCUCGACCCGUCCCCCCGGCCCGGCCCGGCCCGGCCCGUGCCGUCCCCCCGGGUCUCGGCGGAGUUUGGGAGGAUUGCUGCAAGCAACGCAUUUUCUGUCUUUUUGUUGCCGUGUCUCGGAGGAGAGUUGGCAGGGGUGGUGUGGUUUGCAGUUGCACAAUAUGUUAUCAUGUUUUUAAUCACUAAAUCAUUGCAGCGGUUAUAGAUUUACAGUCGUAGGGUAUUACCGAGAGGAGCGGCGGAGGCGACGUGCGUUUGCUGCGCGUCUGGGUGUGCGUGUGCCUCGGUGAACUUUUACGUGCUGGGAUCUGUCCCCCGCUCUGCGGACGAGGAGAAAGUUGCCGUUCCCCCCAUCCGCGGAGCGAAGCGGUUUAAAACCUGGCAGGCGGCCGAGCCGGAGUUGGAAGGACGGGUGCGGGAGACGCGGCGUGACCCCGUUCCCCGGGCGGGGGCCGGGGCCGGGGCCGGGGCAGGCUCCGCUUCGCAGCUCGGCCACCUGUGCUGGGGCUCGGGGCCGGCUGGACGCCGCAGCGCGGGGAGCAGGACCGCGCGCCCGGGCGGGCGGUGACCCGGUGCGUCGUGUCGCCGCGAGCCCCCUUCCCGCUCCUGGUUUUCAUACGGUUAUGUAACAGAAUCCUUGGCAGCAUUAAAAAUUCAGUAUUACAAGCUGAUUGUAAUGCUCCCUCAUUAGGGAGCACUGUCUGGUCCUGUAUUAAGUGAAACGCAGAGCGUGGCGUUUGGAUUAUAAACACCAGUACACAUUAAAUAUCGGCGGAGGAGCGAACCGAGGCAGCUGUGCUCUCCCUGCCCGCUCCCCGGCUGGCCGGCCUGUCCAUCCGGCCGGCCGGCCCGCGCCGGGCCUCGCUUUCCCGCGGCACUGCUGGUCCGGCUCCCCGGCGGCGACGCGUUCUCGGGAGAGGGCUCGGGGCCGCACAAAAGGUUUCGAAGUUUGUUUUGUUUUGAUCUCUAUUAACCAGGUCCUUCAGUUUGCUGAUGUCAUUUCCUUUCAUAUUUGAGCUGUUUGUUGUGCCUCCCCCCGUCUCAGCUGGAGCCUACGGCGGUGCGGGGAAGUGCAGCCGCCGAGCAAGUUCUGGGUUCAAAGGCUGAGGGUCAAGUAGUGCCUUUCCGUCACUCUCGCAUUUGCCUGCUCGGGAAGGAGCUGCGAUCCCAGGAUCUGGUUAAAGGCUCGGGCAUCUACUUUCUGUGGCCUGUCCGUGGGCUGCCGUGGCAGGCGAUGAUUCAUCUCAAUUUCCUUUUCUCUCCCUCGCUCCCCUUCUUAAUGUCUUUAAUACUCUCCGCUGUCCCUCCCUCCCUCCCCCCGCCAAAAAAAAAAAGUUCUAAUGACGACUUCAAUUCACUUGCAAAUCUGAGGCCAGCAUUAGUGGGGCUCCCGCUGUGAAAAGAAGGAAAGUGUUGCGAGGCUUUUUCCCUUAAUUUCUUUCCUCGUCUUCGUCUCCAGUUUAACAUUUUUAAGUGGUUUUUUCCUCUCCCUGGUCAGCUGGCUGACUCGGAGAUAGGGAUCCAGUUUUCCUGACGUUACUAAUAUUACCGUCCAGCCCCGCUCUCCUCGGCGAGCAGCCUUCGGUCAGUGACAAAAGCAAACAAAAGAAGCAGAAGGGAGGAAAAAGAACCUAAUUGUGCUAACUGCAAAGGUGGUGCUUCGUUUCAUUUUAUUUUAUUUUUUUUAUUUUUUUUAAGGUCUGACUGUACUAGGAAGAGUGGCCAUUAGGACCUUUGCUUCAGCUUUUCUGCAACCGAGCUCUGGUGAAAAAUGAACCAGCACUGACACUUGGCUUGAUGUGACACCCCCGGGUAACCUCUUUCACUUUCCACGGCGCUGGCCUUUUGUUCCCGAAGAACUGAGCUAAGGUGCUUUUCAGUCAGACCAAAGGCAGCACAAGAAGUCUCCGCGUGUGCUUGGCUCCUUUGGAUGGCCUUCUCGUGGUUAUUGUCAGAGCCGAGUCUAGCAAACAAUCACGCUGGUGAGACACAAAAGCAAAAACAUUUGUCCACGGUUUUUAAUCUCUUCGGUUUAGAAUUUUUUUUUCUCCUUCUUCUUCUUCAAAUUUCGCAGUUUGUUUGUGUCUGGGGAGAGAGCGGUGGAAUAGCACGGAGCAGAUUUACUUUGGGCCUGGCCAGCAGUUGAACAGCUUCAGCAGAAAUCGCUAAAUCCUCAACUGAUGGACAUAUGGCUGACUGCAUUAGUCUCUCUUAACGUUUGCUUCCGCUUUUCAGCACAGCAGUUCUGGUAUCCCGAAAAGGCAGGAAGGGAAAUGCCAGGCUCCUGUGCUAACUUUCGGUCCACGCCGUACUGGGUGCAAUGAAAGCUCCAUGCAGGCCUUACCAUGGAAGGCUGUGACUCGCCUGUCAUCUCUGGGAAGGACAAUGGGUGCAGCAUCCCUCAGCACCAGCAAUGGACUGAACUUAACAGCACCCACCUCCCUGACAAACCCAGUACUAUGGAGCAGUCCGCAACGGAAAACCACGGGCCCCUGGACAGCCUGAGGGUCCCCUUUAACGAGCGCAUCCCAGACAGCACCAACUCGGCUGGCCCCAAUACGGAGUCCACGAGCAAAGAGGUCAGCUGCAACGAAUGCUCAGCCUCCUUCGCCAGUUUACAGACCUACAUGGAGCACCAUUGCCCCAGUGCCCGCCCCCCGCCUCCGCUGAAGGAGGAGAGUGGGAGCGACACCAGUGAGGAGGGGGACGAGGAGAGCGAUGUGGAGAACCUGGCUGGGGAAAUCGUCUACCAGCCAGACGGCUCGGCAUACAUUGUCGAAAGCGUCAGCCAGUUGAUCCAAAGCGGGGGAGCCUGUAGCAGUGGCAAUGGCAACAGCAGUGGGGCUCUCCCUUCGCUCUUUAUGAACUCUCUACCCAGUGCGGGGGGCAAGCAAGGGGACCCCUCCUCUGCUGCCCCCGUCUACCCACAGAUCAUUAAUACUUUCCACAUAGCCUCAUCCUUCGGGAAAUGGUUUGAGGGCUCAGACCAGUCCUUCCCGAAUACCUCAGCCCUGACGGGCAUCAGCCCCGUCCUGCACAGCUUCCGCGUUUUCGAUGUGCGACACAAAAGCAACAAGGAUUACCUGAACAGCGACGGUUCUGCCAAAAGUUCCUGUGUAUCCAAAGAUGUUCCCAACAAUGUGGACCUGUCCAAAUUUGAUGGCUUUGUGCUCUAUGGGAAGAGGAAGCCCAUCCUGAUGUGUUUCUUGUGCAAGCUGUCCUUUGGGUAUGUCCGCUCGUUUGUGACCCAUGCAGUGCAUGACCAUCGAAUGACUCUAAGUGAGGAGGAGCGGAAAAUUCUUAGCAAUAAGAACAUCUCCGCUAUCAUCCAAGGGAUAGGCAAAGACAAGGAGCCCCUUGUAAGUUUUCUGGAACCAAAAAACAAAACCUUUCAACACCCUUUAGUUUCCACAGCUAACCUCAUAGGCCCUGGACACAGUUUUUACGGUAAAUUCAGUGGCAUUCGAAUGGAAGGUGAAGAGGCUCUCCAGGCCGGGACUGCCGGUGGAGCAGAGCAGCCACAGUCAGGCAUCUUGGCGCCUGGUGCCCUCUUGAACCUUGGUGGGCUGACCAGCUCGGCUCUGAAGACCCCAAUUACCUCAGUCCCCCUGGGCCCACUGGCUUCCAGUCCUACCAAAUCCUCAGAGGGAAAGGACCCUGGGGUAGCAGAGAGUGAGAAGCAAGAAAUGGGUGACCAGGAUAGCCUCUCGGAAAAGGCAGAGCCAGCUGAGGAGGUGGAGGACGACGAAGAGGAGGAUGUGGAGGAGGAGGAGGAGGAGGAGGAGGAAGAGGAGGAAGAGGAAGACGAUGAUGAGGGUUGCAAAGGACUGUUUCCGAGCGAGUUGGAGGACGAGCUGGAGGACAGGCCCCACGAAGAAUCUGGGGCUGUGGCAGGUAGCAGCAGCAAAAAGGACCUUGCUCUCUCAAACCAAAGCAUUUCUAACUCUCCCUUAAUGCCUAAUGUGCUCCAGACCCUGUCCCGGGGCACAGCUUCUACUAGUUCUAAUUCUGCUUCUUCCUUUGUCUUUGAUGGUGCAAGCAGGAGGAAUCAUUUAAGCUUUAACAGUGAGGGUGGUGGAGCCAGUGUGGCAGAGGGCGGCAGGAGGUUGGACUUUAUCGAUGAAAGUGCCAAUAAAGACAAUGCCACAGCACCAGAACCAAAUGAGAGUGCAGAGGGCGACGACGGGAGCUACCUCUCCCAUCACCAGCAUGCUGGCCCCCUCUGCGAGCUUGGGGGUGGGGAGUGCCCCUCGGGGAGCGGUGUGGAGUGCCCCAAGUGUGACACUGUCCUGGGCUCCUCACGAUCGCUAGGCGGCCAUAUGACCAUGAUGCAUUCUCGCAACUCAUGUAAAACGCUGAAGUGUCCCAAGUGCAAUUGGCACUACAAGUACCAGCAGACACUUGAAGCGCACAUGAAGGAGAAGCACCCCGAGCCCGGUGGCUCAUGUGUCUACUGCAAAAGUGGGCAGCCACACCCACGGUUGGCACGGGGCGAGAGCUACACUUGUGGUUACAAGCCUUUCCGUUGCGAGGUCUGUAACUACUCCACUACUACCAAAGGCAACCUCAGUAUUCAUAUGCAGUCCGACAAGCAUCUCAACAACAUGCAAAACCUGCAGAACGGAGGGGGGGAGCAAGUCUUCAGCCACAGCGCUGGGGCGGCGGCAGCGGCUGCGGCGGCGGCAGCGGCUGCGGCAGCAAACAUUGGUAGCACCUGUGGGGCCCCCUCGCCCACCAAACCAAAAACCAAACCCACCUGGCGGUGUGAGGUAUGCGACUACGAGACCAAUGUAGCUAGGAACCUUCGCAUUCACAUGACCAGUGAGAAACACAUGCACAACAUGAUGCUGCUUCAGCAGAACAUGUCCCAAAUCCAACACAACCGGCACCUGGGCCUCGGCAGCCUGCCCUCGCCGGCUGAGGCUGAGCUUUACCAGUACUACCUGGCACAAAACAUGAAUCUGCCCAACCUGAAGAUGGAAAGCACUUCCUCUGAUGCACAGUUCAUGAUGGGCGGAUUCCAGCUCGAUCCGACCAACCCUAUGGCAACUAUGGCUCCAUCUCUAGUGGGCGGAGAGAUCCCCCUGGACAUGCGGCUGGGGGGCGGGCAGCUGGUGUCCGAGGAGCUGAUGAACCUGGGCGAGAGCUUCACGCAAACGAACGACCCUUCCCUGAAGCUCUUCCAGUGUGCCGUGUGCAACAAGUUCACGACCGACAACCUGGACAUGCUGGGGCUGCACAUGAACGUGGAGCGCAGCCUCCCCGAGGAGGAGUGGAAGGCGGUGAUGGGGGACUCGUACCAGUGCAAGCUGUGCCGCUACAACACGCAGCUCAAGGCAAACUUCCAGCUCCACUGUAAGACGGACAAGCAUGUGCAGAAAUACCAGCUGGUAGCACACAUCAAGGAGGGUGGCAAGGCCAACGAGUGGAGGCUGAAGUGUGUGGCCAUUGGGAACCCUGUACAUCUGAAGUGCAAUGCCUGCGACUACUACACUAACAGUCUGGAGAAGCUGCGUCUUCAUACAGUUAACUCCAGGCAUGAGGCGAGCCUGAAGCUCUACAAGCACCUUCAGCAUCAUGAGAGUGGGGUCGAGGGUGAAAGCUGCUAUUAUCACUGUGUCCUCUGCAACUACUCCACCAAGGCCAAACUGAACCUCAUCCAGCACGUGCGCUCCAUGAAACAUCAGCGGAGUGAGAGUCUGCGCAAACUGCAGCGUCUCCAGAAGGGCCUCCCUGAGGAAGAGGAAGACUUGGGGCAGAUCUUCACCAUUCGGAAGUGUCCAACAGCUGAUGCUGAAGAAGCAGUUGAAGAUGUGGAAGGGGCCAGUGAGACGGCUGCCGACCCUGAAGAGCCUGCUAAGGAGCAAGAGAGUGGCAGUGACAAAGACCCGAGCAAAUGGCCAGCACCAGCAGCCAGCCAGGCAGAAAAGGAGCUGACAGAGUCCCCAGCAUCCUCCAAACGCAUGUCAUUUCCCAGCAGCUCUGAGUCACCUCUGUCCUCUAAAUGGUCAAAAACUUCAGAGGAGACCAAACCGGAGCAGAUGUACCAGUGUCCGUACUGCAAGUACAGUAACACGGAUGUGAACCGGCUGCGGGUCCAUGCCAUGACCCAGCACUCGGUGCAGCCCAUGCUCCGCUGCCCGCUCUGCCAGGACAUGCUCAACAACAAGAUCCAUCUGCAGCUGCACCUCACACACCUGCACAGCGUGUCGCCCGACUGCGUGGAGAAACUCAUCAUGACGGUGACGACACCUGAGGUGAUGAUGCCCAGCAGUAUGUUUCUUCCAGCAUCCACUCCAGAAAGAGAUGGGAACCCCAACGCUGAAGAGCCGGGGAAGCAGCCUGAGACCUGCGAGGAGUCGGGAAAGAGCCUCUUGUCGGCUGAGAGCGCAGAGCACGGCGGGGACCCCAAGUCGGCCUCUGCCGAUCAGAGCUCCACCAGAGAGGACUCUGGCUUCCUGUGCUGGAAGAAGGGGUGUAACCAGGUGUUCAAAAGUUCAGCAGCCCUCCAGACGCAUUUCAACGAGGUUCACGCCAAACGGCCGCAACUGCCGGUGUCCGACCGGCACGUCUACAAAUACCGUUGCAACCAGUGCAGCCUGGCCUUCAAAACCAUCGAGAAGCUGCAGCUCCACUCGCAGUACCACGUCAUCAGAGCAGCCACAAUGUGUUGUCUUUGCCAGCGCAGUUUCCGGACCUUCCAGGCUCUGAAGAAGCACCUGGAGACCAGUCACCUGGAGCUGAGCGAAGCCGAUAUUCAGCAGCUUUACGGAGGGCUUCUGGUGAAUGGAGACCUCUUGGCGAUGGGUGAUCCCUCGCUGGCGGAAGACCACACUAUAAUUGUGGAGGAGGAUAAGGAGGAGGAGAGCGACCUGGAAGAUAAACAGAGUCCUACUGGCAGCGAUUCGGGAUCGGUGCAAGAAGACUCUGGCUCGGAACCGAAGAGGGCCUUGCCCUUCAGGAAAGGUCCGAACUUCACCAUGGAGAAGUUUCUGGACCCAUCUCGCCCUUACAAGUGCACAGUUUGCAAGGAGUCUUUCACGCAAAAGAACAUUCUUUUGGUCCAUUACAAUUCCGUUUCUCACUUGCAUAAACUGAAACGAGCCCUCCAGGAGUCUGCUACUGGGCAGCCCGAACCGACCAGCAGCCCAGACAACAAACCUUUUAAGUGCAACACCUGCAACGUGGCCUACAGCCAGAGCUCCACCCUGGAGAUCCACAUGAGGUCUGUCCUGCACCAGACCAAGGCCCGGGCUGCCAAACUGGAGGCAGCCAGUGGCAGUAGUAACGGAGCUGGUAACACUGGGAGCAGCAGCAGCAGUAGUAUCUCCCUGGGCUCAUCCACACCGAGCCCGGUGAACACUAGUAGCUCCAACGCCUUCACAACCACCAACACCAGUAACGCUGGCACAGCACCGAUCCCCAGCUUGCUCAACCAGGUAUCCAGUGACAGCAUGGGAAUCCCACCUUUAAGCAACCCCAUUAGCGCCAGCAUCUCCCCUUCUGAGCCCAAGGAGGUAAACCGGAAGAAGCUGGCGGAUAUGAUUGCAUCCAGGCAGCAGCAGCAGCAGCAACAGCAGCAGCAGCAACAGCAGCAGCAAGCUCAGACAUUGGCGCAGGCCCAAGCCCAAGUCCAGGCCCACCUGCAACAAGAGCUCCAGCAGCAGGCUGCCCUCCUGCAGUCCCAGCUGUUCAACCCCACUCUCCUGCCACACUUCCCAAUGACCACGGAGACCCUGCUCCAGCUGCAGCAGCAGCAGCAUCUUCUCUUCCCGUUUUACAUCCCGAGCGCCGAGUUCCAGCUCAACCCCGAAGUCAGCCUGCCCGUGACCAGCGGGGCGCUGACGCUGACGGGUAGCGGGCCGAGUCUGCUGGAGGAUUUGAAGGCUCAGGUCCAGCUCCCCCAGCAGAGCCACCCGCAGCUACUGCAGCAGCAGCAAGGGCAGCUCUCCCUGUCGCAGUCGCACUCGGUCCUUGUCCAGCAGAGCCAGCACUCGGAGAAGAAGAACAAAUCCAUCGUGAAGGAGAAGGAGAAAGAAAGCCAGAGGGAGAGGGACAGCGCGGAGAGGGUGGACAGCAGCUCAGGGUCCAAGGAGCCUCUGCCUGACAGCCUCAAGCCCAAAGACAAGAAGGACUUUGCCCCGGGCGCCAGCGCAGAGCCCUCCUUGCUGCCCCCACGCAUCGCCUCUGAUGCAAGAGGGAACGCUACCAAAGCCUUGCUGGAGAACUUCGGCUUCGAGCUGGUCAUUCAGUACAACGAGAACAAGCAGAAGGUGCAGAAGAAGAACGGGAAGACGGAGCAGGGCGAGAACCUGGAAAAGCUGGAGUGCGACACGUGCGGCAAGUUCUUCUCAAACAUCCUCAUUCUGAAGAGCCACCAAGAGCACGUGCACCAGCACUACUUCCCCUUCAAGCAGCUGGAGAGAUUUGCCAAGCAGUACAGAGAGCAUUACGAUAAGCUGUAUCCUCUGCGGCCCCAGACGCCGGAGCCCCCGCCUCCGCCGCCCCCGCCGCCGCCCCCGCUCCCUCCAGCGCCGCCUCAGCCGGCUUCCACACCAACCAUUCCAGCCUCUGCCCCGCCAAUAACCCCUCCGACGAUCGCACCAGCCCAGCCGUCUGUGCCGCUCACCCAGCUCUCCAUGCCAAUGGAGCUGCCCAUCUUUUCUCCGCUGAUGAUGCAGACGAUGCCGCUGCAAACGUUGCCUGCUCAGUUGCCGCCCCAGCUCGGGCCGGUUGACCCCCUGCCGGCAGACCUGGCCCAGCUCUACCAGCACCAGCUGAACCCCAGCCUCCUCCAGCAGCAGCAGAACAAGAGGCCACGCACUCGCAUCACGGACGACCAGCUCCGAGUGCUUCGGCAGUAUUUUGAUAUCAACAAUUCCCCGAGCGAGGAGCAGAUCAAAGAGAUGGCUGACAAGUCUGGGCUGCCGCAGAAGGUGAUCAAGCACUGGUUCAGAAACACCCUCUUCAAAGAGCGCCAGCGCAACAAAGAUUCCCCCUACAACUUCAGCAACCCUCCCAUCACCAGCCUGGAGGAGCUGAAGAUCGACUCACGGCCUCCCUCUCCUGAGCCUCAGAAGCAGGAGUACUGGGGUAGCAAGAGGUCCUCCAGGACGCGGUUUACAGAUUACCAACUUCGGGUGCUGCAGGACUUCUUUGAUGCCAACGCUUAUCCAAAGGAUGACGAAUUCGAGCAGCUUUCUAACUUGCUGAACCUCCCUACGCGCGUCAUAGUGGUCUGGUUCCAGAACGCCCGCCAGAAAGCUAGGAAAAACUAUGAGAAUCAGGGAGAAGGCAAAGACGGGGAACGGCGGGAGCUGACGAACGACAGGUACAUUCGAACGAGCAACUUGAACUACCAGUGCAAAAAGUGCAGUCUCGUCUUUCAGCGCAUUUUCGAUCUUAUCAAACACCAGAAGAAGCUUUGUUACAAAGAUGAGGACGAGGAUGGACAGGACGACAGCCAGAACGAAGACUCAAUGGACGCAACGGAGCUCUUGACUCCGACCAGCUCCUCCUGCAGCACGCCGAUGCCCUCGCAAGCGUAUAGCACCCCAACCUCCGCCGCUAAUGCAACCUCGUCAGCUUUCUUGCAGCUCACUGCUGAGGCGGAGGACUCUUCCACCUAUACUUGUAAAGCUCCAGAAGCUCCAGAUGAGAAACCAAAGCAGCUUGAACCUCCCAGUACACAGCAAAACCAAACUCAAGAGAAGCAAGUGCAACCAAAGCAAGAGCCUCAGCAGCAGCAGGACCAAGGAGAACAGAAGACCAGUUUGACGCACCAAAAGCUCUCUCAGUUAUCCUCGCCCAGCUCCCUGCAGCAGCAGCCUCCCCUCCCACAGACACCCCAGUGCUCUUUGCCACCGUCGAGUCCGAGCCCGUCUCAGCUCUCGCAUCUGUCCCUCAAGCCCCUUCAUACGUCUACCCCUCAGCAGCUGGCAAACCUACCUCCUCAAUUAAUCCCAUACCAGUGUGACCAGUGCAAACUGGCCUUCCCUUCCUUCGAGCAUUGGCAGGAGCAUCAGCAGCUUCAUUUUCUGAGCGCACAGAACCAGUUUAUACACCCCCAGUUCCUGGACAGGACGCUAGAUAUGCCUUUCAUGCUUUUUGACCCCAGUAAUCCACUGCUUGCGAGCCAGCUGUUAUCUGGAACCCUGCCUCAGAUCCCAGCCAGCUCGGCCACGUCGCCCUCAACACCAACGUCUACGAUGAACACGCUGAAGAGAAAGCUGGAGGAAAAGGCCAGUGCGAGCCCCGGGGAGAACGACAGCGGGACGGGGGGAGAAGAGCCUCAGCGAGACAAGCGGCUGAGGACGACGAUUACCCCAGAGCAGCUGGAGAUCCUUUACCAGAAGUACUUGCUGGACUCCAACCCGACGCGCAAGAUGCUGGAUCACAUUGCACACGAAGUGGGCUUGAAGAAGCGCGUGGUGCAGGUUUGGUUUCAGAACACCCGAGCCCGGGAGAGGAAGGGACAGUUCAGAGCGGUGGGGCCUGCCCAAGCCCACAGGCGCUGCCCUUUCUGCCGCGCGCUCUUUAAAGCCAAGACCGCUCUGGAAGCGCACAUCCGAUCCCGUCACUGGCACGAGGCCAAGAGAGCUGGCUACAACCUGACUCUGUCUGCUAUGCUUUUAGACUGUGACGGGGGGCUCCAGAUGAAGGGAGACAUCUUUGAUGGAGCAAGCAGCUUUUCCCACAUGCCGCCAAGCGGCAGCGACAGUCAGGGCGUUCCCCUCUCGCCGGUGAACAAAAGCAUGGAGCUGUCGCCUAGAACGCUGCUUAGUCCGUCCUCCAUUAAGGUAGAAGGGAUAGAAGACUUCGAAAGUCCCUCCAUGUCCUCGGUUAACCUGAGUUUUGACCAAACGAAGCUGGACAACGACGACUGUUCUUCUGUCAACACUGCGAUCACAGACACUACAACUGGAGACGAAGGCAACGCAGACAACGACAGCGCCACGGGGAUUGCAACUGAAACCAAAUCAACAUCAGGACCCAGCGAGGGUCUGACAAAGGCUGCCAUGAUAGCAAUGUCUGAGUAUGAGGAUCGGUUGUCUUCUGGCCUAGUCAGCCCAGCUCCCAGCUUUUACAGCAAAGAGUACGAUAAUGAAGGUACUGUGGACUAUAGUGAAACAUCCAGCCUUGCAGACCCCUGCUCACCCAGCCCCGGUGCAAGUGGUUCGGCCAGCAAGUCUGGAGAGAGCGGGGAUCGGCCAGGGCAGAAGCGUUUUCGCACUCAGAUGACUAAUCUCCAGCUAAAGGUUCUGAAGUCAUGCUUUAAUGACUACAGGACACCCACCAUGCUGGAGUGUGAGGUCCUGGGCAAUGACAUUGGACUGCCAAAGAGAGUUGUUCAGGUCUGGUUCCAGAAUGCUAGGGCCAAGGAGAAGAAAUCCAAGCUCAGCAUGGCCAAGCAUUUUGGCAUAAACCAAACAAGUUAUGAGGGACCCAAAACAGAGUGCACUUUGUGUGGCAUCAAGUACAGCGCUCGGCUGUCUGUACGUGACCAUAUCUUCUCUCAACAGCAUAUCUCCAAAGUUAAAGAAACCAUUGGAAGCCAGUUGGAUAAGGAGAAGGAGUACUUUGACCCAGCAACCGUACGUCAGUUGAUGGCUCAGCAGGAGUUGGACCGGAUCAAGAAAGCCAAUGAGGUUCUUGGUCUGGCAGCUCAGCAGCAGGGCAUGUUUGAUAACACCCCUCUGCAAGCUCUGAACCUUCCUACUGCGUACCCGGCACUGCAGGGCAUCCCUCCCGUCUUGCUCCCAGGCCUCAACAGCCCGUCCUUGCCAGGCUUCACUCCAUCCAACACAGCUUUAACUUCUCCAAAACCCAACCUGAUGGGUCUGCCCACCGCAAGCGUCCCCUCGCCCGGCCUCCCCACGUCUGGAUUACCAAAUAAACAGCCCUCGGCCUCGCUGAGCUCGCCGACCCCAGCACAGCCCACGGUGGCCAUGGCCCCCCAGCAGCAGCAGCCGCAGCAGCAGCCGCCGCCGCAGCCGCCGCCGCAGCGCAAGGAAAAGGAAAGUGAGAAGAUUAAAGAGAAGGAGAAGGCACCUAAAGGGAAAGGGGAUUCCCUGCCGGGGCCCAAGAAGGAGAAAGGAGAGGCACCCGCAGCCACCCUGUCGGCCCCCCUGCCCACCAUGGAGUACGCGGUGGAGCCUGCCCAGCUUCAGGCGCUGCAGGCUGCCUUGAAUUCAGAUCCAACCACCUUGCUUACAAGCCAGUUCCUUCCUUACUUUGUCCCCGGCUUUUCUCCCUAUUACGCCCCUCAGAUCCCGGGGGCCUUGCAGAGCGGGUACCUGCAGCCCAUGUACGGCAUGGAAGGCCUGUUCCCCUACAGCCCUGCUCUGUCGCAGGCUCUGCUCGGCCUGUCCCCCAGCUCCCUGCUGCAGCAGUACCAGCAAUAUCAGCAGAGCCUGCAGGAGGCAUUGCAGCAGCAGCAGCGGCAAGUGCAGCAGCAGCAGCAGCAGCAGCAGCAGAAGGUGCAGCAGCAGCAGCAGCAGCAACAGCCCAAAGGAAGCCAAACCCCAGUCCCCGCGGGGGCUGCUACCCCAGACAAAGACCCUGCCAAAGAAUCCCCCAAACAAGAAGAGCAGAAAAACGCACCCCGUGAGGUGUCCCCCCUCCUGCCCAAACCCCAAGAAGAGCCCGAAGCAGAAAGCAAAAGUGCGGACUCCCUGUGUGACCCCUUCAUUGUUCCAAAGGUGCAGUACAAGCUGGUCUGUCGCAAGUGCCAGGCGGGCUUCAGCGACCAGGAGGCGGCCAGCAACCACCUGAAGUCCCUCUGCUUCUUCGGCCAGUCUGUGGUGAAUCUGCAAGAGAUGGUGCUUCAUGUGCCCACUGGCAGCAGCGGCAAGGGCAGCGGCUCGUACCAGUGCGUGGCGUGCGAGAGCACGGUGUGUGGGGACGAAGCCCUGAGUCAGCAUCUCGAGUCAGCCCCGCACAAACACCGAACAAUCACAAGAGCAGCAAGAAACGCCAAAGAGCACCCCAGUCUAUUACCUCACUCUGCCUGCCUCCCCGAUCCUAGCACCGCAUCUACCUCGCAGUCUGCCGCUCACACAAACGACAGCCCCCCGCCCUCUCUGUCCUCCUCCUCGGCUUCCCCCCACGCCUCCAGAAAGUCUUGGCCCCCAGCGGGCUCCCGGGCUCCCCUCGGGAAGCCGCCUCCUCCUUCGUUCCCUCCUCUCUCCUCAUCUUCAACGGUUACCUCAAGUUCAUGCAGCACCUCAGGGGUUCAGCCCUCGAUGCCAACAGACGACUAUUUGGAGGAGUCUGACACGGAUCUUAGCCAAAAGUCAGAUGGACCGGCUAGCCCGGUGGAGGGGCCUAAGGACCCCAGCUGCCCUAAGGACAGUGGUCUAACUAGUGUAGGAAUGGACACCUUCAGAUUGUAAGCUUUGAAGAUGAACAAUAAAAAUGAAUUUAAAUAAAAAAAAAAAAUUAAUAACAAACCAAUUUCAAAAAUAGACUAACUGCAAUUCCAAAGCUUCUAACCAAAAAAAGAAAAAGAAAAAAAGAAAAAGUGUGGGUUGUUUUCCCAUAUAACAAUGCCGGUGGGUUUUACAUUUUUUUUUUCCUUUUAAUAAAAAAUAAAAAAAAAAAGCUGUUACAUUUGUCCUUUUGAAGGUACUGUUGGUCUGGGAGACGAGUCUAUACUGCCUCCUUACUGUCUUUGGAGCUUAAACCCCUUGUAUAUUGCCCUUUUUCAAUAAUGCCCCUCACUGAUAGCACAGCAGAGGCCGGCACGCACUGUAUGGGAAAGCAGCCCACCUUGUUACAGUUUUAAAUUUCUUGCUAUCUUAGCAUUCAGAUACCAAUGGCUUGCUAAAAGAAAAAAGAAAUGUAAUGUCUUUUUAUUCUCAGGUCAAUCGCUCACACUUUGUUCUGUUUUCAGAAUCAUUGUUUUAUAUAUAUAUAGAUAUAUAUACACACUCGCACAUGCACACGUGUGCGUGUGUGUGCAUGUGUGUGUAUGUAUAUAUAUACAUGCAUGUAUAUAUAUAUGCGCACACACACAUGCAUAUAUAUGUAUAUAUAUAGAUAUAUAUAUAGAUAUAGAUAUAUAUAAUUUCCUUUUUGUUUGUUUUGGGGGUUUUUGUUUUGUUGGUUUUUGUUCCAGAAAAGGAUUGAUUCUUUUUUUUUCUUUCUUUUUUUUUUUUUUUCCUUAAUUUAAAAUGGGCAGAAAGUAUUCAAGAGAAAAACAAUGUGAACUGCUUUAGCUUUCUGGGGAUUUUAAGGGUAGCUUUUCUGCUGAAGCCAAUUUCAAGGGGAAAAGUUAAGCACUCCCACUUUUCAGAAAAAAAAACACACAAAGAGUGUUGAGGACUUGGAGCUUAAAAAAUAAGUUUUAAAACAACUGACUUUCUGUAUUUAUGAUAGAUAUGACCAUUUUUGGUGUUGAGUAGAUUGUUGCAUUGGAAAUGAACUGAAGCAGUAUGGUAGAUUUAAAAGAAAAAACCCUUUUGUGUACAUUUAGCUUUUGUAUGGUCCAGCUGACGGCUUCUCAUUUGAUGUUGUCUUGUUCAUUCCUAGCCAGAUAGAUUGCAAUCCAUUGACUCGCCUAAGCUUUUCUCCCCUUUGUACCUUUAUUCCCCUUUCUCCCCAUCCUGUAAUCUUCCACUUAUGGUUGCUGCCUUCAUUUCUUAGAGGGUGGUUGCAUAAUUAUUUUAUAAAAACUAAAGAAAGAAGUUCAAAGGGUUUUUGGGGUCAGUAGGAUCCCUUGCAGAAUAUUUUUUGUUGGGGGUUUGAAACUUUUUAAGGCGUAUACAUACGAUUUACCUAUGUCUGUUACCCUUGUGCACUUAUCUUUCUUAUUUUUCAUUUUCUUUUUUCCUCCUUCCUUUCCUCAUUUUGUAAAUGCUUCAAAGACUCUGUUCCUAAACUAUAAGCAUUUGUUUCUGUUUGUGUAAUUAGGCUGCACUCUGUUCUUUUCAAGUAAGUUUUGGUUACGUUUUUUUUCUCAAAAAAAUUUCAUGCUUUAAAUAAAAUCCAAAGACAUACCCUUUCACCACUGGUGCAGAAUGAGCAAAAAGGAUUCUUUUUACUUGAGAAUUUGUUUCUAAUUUAAACACACAAAAAUAAGCUUAAAGAAAGAAGAAGGAAAAAAAAAACCUAAAAAGCACCCAGGUUGUUGUUACCUGUGCUUCUUCUGCAAGCAGAGAGGCAACUCUUAAUGAAAAUUCAACAUACCAAAAGACAAGUUUUUACUUCAAAGUUUUGUCCUUGUGUUAGGCAGUCUGAGUGGUGAGUGACCCAGAGGUGCAGCCCGCAAAGAAUCAGAUAGCAAUGUACAGAAAGCAAAAAAAGACCCGUAUGUGAGGCACUCGUGUUUAUGUUAAUCUCUGUGUUCCUGUUGAUGGAAAGUGCUCUCUCCCUCCCUCGUUUCUUCUCUCUCUCUCACGCACACACACGCACACUAUCUUGUAUGGGCUGGACUUUGGAAGGAAGAUUUUGUGCUGCUAAAACGUAGAUUUUGGAGACAAAUAGAUGCUUGCCGUUUCACUUCCGUAGCCAAACGUCAACAGAAACAAUCUUCUUUCCCCUCUCCCCGCCCCGAACGUAUGAAAUCCUCCUUCUCCCUUUCAUCUUCAUCCUCCUUCUGUUUCAAAAGGGAACUUCGAAGACUGUGAAUGCAGGUUCCAUUGUUCACCUUCUGGCUUCCUUCCCCAGUCAGUGCCGAAGCCGCUCGCCGCCUCCGCGAGAGACUGGAGCAUUCCGAGACGAGACACGGAUGUCAUUUUUUAGCCGGGACUCUUUUAUUUUUAUGGAUUUUUGUUUUUAGUUGAAUGAAAGACUAGAUCCUGAACUGUUGUACAUAUUUCUAACUAGGCUGAUGCACAGUGCAGAUUCCUUUUUUAAUUGUUUUUUUAAGUAGACAAUACUAAAGAGUACCAUCUGAUAUUCCUACCAGUAUCCAGUUGUAGCAUAAGGUGUCAAAAACAACAAGUACACAGAGCAUUUGCUGUUUUAACAAGCUGUUUUCUUUUAACAAAAGUUCUUGUAUUUCUCCCCGUGUUUGAGAUGAACAUUUUUUAAAUUCUAAAGUUGUACAGUUUUUUUGUUUUCCAUUAUUUUAUCUUGUUUGUAAUUCUAUGAAAAAUAUAUAUAUAUUUUUUUUGUUUUGUUUUGCCAUUUACCUGUUGUAUGUUACUCUGUCUGUACCAUAGAGACACUUUCCUUUUGUUUUGGGUUCUCUAUGUGAUACGAGUUAACAAUUUAACACUAGUUAUCUGUCAAAUUCUGCUAGGUCUCUUUUGAAAUCUUUUUUGUUUUGGUUUUUUUUUGGGUUUUUUUUUUGUUUUUUUUAAUUAUUAUAUUGCUUGGCCAUAGUGCAAUUUCUCUCUCCUCCUUCCCCUUCUUCCUUCCCGCCCACUAAAAAGUUUUAUGAACUCAUUUCCUUGUAUUUUUUCUAAAUGUUUCUAGAGACUCUUUCAGUCUGAGCUUGCUCGUCCCCGGGGCAGCCCCGGCUGCGCUGGGGGCCCGACGAGCCGCAGAGCGGGCGGGCAGGCGGGUAAGUCCGAUCCCGGUCAGAGGGGAGGGCGUUACCUGGACUGCUCGGUCCCAGUCCCGCUUCAGUUGCAGUUACAGUCAUGCUUGGACCAGGUCCGUGGAGGAUAACUUCCCCAUCACACCGCUAGGCUCCCCUUCCCCACCCCUCGUAACGCAUCGCGGUACAAGCAGCACCCUCUGCUCGGAGAGGCUCGGAGCUAGAACAGCACACGCUCGCCGAGACGUGCGCGGGGCCCGUCUGCCCGCACCGAGCCUCGCCGCUCGCGCUGUUCGUCUGUCACUUCCAUGGGCACGAGAAUUCGUGCCAGUAGUUCGAUGUCUGUCCGUACUACUUCCCUUCACGCUGGCUCUCGCUUGAGAAUUUGUUCUCGUCUUCUCCUUCAGAAGCUAUGGGAAGGGAGUGAUUUUUUUUCGAAGCCUUUUUAAAAUUUAUCCCUUAAUAUUGUUUGUUUGUUUGUUCGUUUCUGACGAAAACCCACGCAGCGCGGCCUGGUGCUGGACGCCCAGCCCGGGGAGAGCGAGACUGGAGUAGCUGGGUCUAUUCAGCCAGUUUCAUGCAGCACCCACCAAAACCCUAGCGCUUCGGGGCAGUGGGACGGGGUGGGAGGGUCUCCCUUUUACGUUCCCGAGAAGGAAAGGGGGGGAAAAAACACAAGGAAAGGAUUUUAAACACAGCACUGAGCAGGUUUCUGUUUAUUUUAAUUUAAAAGCUCUUUAAAGUGGUGGAGAUGGCCAAAGUUUCACGAUUGAGAAUAAAGUCAAACGUAAGGCGCGUGUUCAGUAGGGUGACCGGAGCCCGUUCAGCAGGCAGGGCAGGAAGACGCAGGCAAGAGAGACGCAUUAACACAAGCCAGCACACUUGAUGUUCAUGGAAAUAUAUUUUGCUUUUUUAAAUAAAAAGAAAUGAAACACUUUAACUAGAAGCAGAAAUUGGGUUGGUUGGUUGGUUUGUUGGCGCUGAGAUACUGCCCACUGUGAAACACAAAGCUUUGACUAUUUUUUUGUUUGUUUUAUUUUUGGGGGGCAAGUUUGGGUAGAACAGAAAGCAUAAAUGAGGUGAAGAGGUAUAUGAACAGCCUUUGCAAUGUACAAAAAAAAUAGAGCAAGUGAAACCAAAAAUGAUGUUCUUGGUGUUUUUCUAUAAUGUAGUCUUGUUAGCUUUUUUUGUUACUGUAACAAUGCUGAUCUCGAACUGUACCAAAAUACAUGGAGACUAACAGAAACAGAAACCACAUGGAACUUUCAAAACUUUAAAAAAAAUUUGUCACAAAAACUUUGUUGUCAUAGUUAAGUUGAUUGUAGAUGGUAAUUGAAUAUACUCCUUUGAAAAUA